CAUGCUCUGCUUCCUGUUGAAGAAACACAGUACAUCCUACCACAGCAUAGAUUCAGGCGUGGGAGCAGAUCAUGUCACUGAACCAACUUCCUAGCUGGCUGAAUGUUGUGACCUGUGGGCUCCUGCUUCUCCUCCAUGUCCAUGGUGAAGGCUCAGCUAGCCUCAUCAGGACCACCCACACAGGGCAGGUGAAGGGCAGCCUUAUCCACGUGAAUGGCACCAAAGUGGGUGUCCACACCUUCCUGGGAAUUCCCUUUGCCAAGCCACCUCUAGGACCUCUGCGGUUUGCAUCCCCUGAGCCCCCUGAACCAUGGAGUGGUGUGAGGGAUGGAACCUCCUACCCAGCCAUUUUUCAUAUGUUGGUCACAAACUACUCCCUCUCUGGUUUUGGCUUUUCUAUCUCCUGCCUGAAAGUGAUGGUAUGGAUCCAUGGUGGUGCACUGGUUGUGGGCAUGGCUUCUAUGUAUGAUGGAUCCAGACUGGCAGCCACUGAGGAUGUUGUGGUGGUCACUAUUCAGUACCGCCUUGGUGUCCUAGGCUUCUUCAGCACUGGAGACCAGCAUGCCAGAGGCAACUGGGGCUACCUGGACCAAGUAGCUGCCCUACGCUGGGUCCAGCAGAAUAUUGCCCACUUUGGAGGCAACCCUGACCGGGUCACCAUUUUUGGAGAGUCAGCAGGUGGCAUAAGUGUGUCUUCACAUGUGGUGUCCCCAUUAUCCCAAGGACUCUUCCAUGGUGCCAUCAUGGAGAGUGGGGUGGCCCUGCUACCUGGCUUCAUCGCUAGCUCUUCUGACAUGGUCUACAGAAUAGUGGCCAACUUAUCUAGAUGUGAGGCUGUGGACUCGGAGGAUCUAGUGCACUGCCUGAGAGGCAAGAAUGAAGAGGAAAUUCUGGCUAUUAACAAGGUUUUCAAGGUCAUCCCUGGCAUUGUGGAUGGGGAGUUCCUACCUAGACACCCUCUGGAGCUGUUGGCCUCUGUGGAAUUUCACCCUGUCCCCAGCAUCAUUGGUGUCAACAAUGAUGAAUAUGGUUGGCUCCUUCCCGUGAUCAUUGACUCUGCUCACACAAAAAAGGAAAUAACCAGAGAGACUCUGCAGGAUAUUGUGAAGAGCAAAACAGCACAGAUGAUGUUGCCUUCUGAGUGUUGUGAUUUGCUGAUGGAAGAAUACAUGGGAGACACUGAGGAGCCCCAGACUCUCCAAGUACAGUUUCAUGAGAUGAUGGGGGACUUCAUGUUUGUGAUUCCUUCCCUACAAGUAGCACAUUUUCAAUGUUCUCAUGCCCCUGUCUACUUCUACGAGUUCCAGCAUCGGCCCAACUUCCUCAAGGAUGUCAAGCCACCCCACGUGAAGGCUGACCAUGGUGACGAGAUUUUGUUUGUCUUUGGAUCUGCCCUCAGGGGCCACAAAAUUGACCUCACUGAGGAGGAGUUGCUGCUGAGCAGGAAAAUGAUGAAGUACUGGGCCAACUUUGCACGGCAUGGGAACCCCAACAGUGAGGGCCUGCCCCAUUGGCCAGUGUUUGACAAGGACAAGUAUUACCUACAACUGGACAUCCAGCCUGCUGUGGGUCGUGCCUUGAAGGCCCACAGGCUGAAGUUCUGGACCAAGACCCUGCCCCAGAAGAUCCAGGAGCUAAAGUUUGCUCAGGACAAGCACACAGAGUUGUAGCCCCAUCUAUCAGGAAGUUGUAUAGGUUUGAAUGCAGGUGGGGUCAGCUUGGGUUUCCCAAAUGCCCAUGAAGACCAUAGAUUUAUUCCAAUAUUUGUGUAGCCAUUCUUAAUCUCUACACUCAUCCAUUCAACCAAGAUGUAAGAAGAGCCACUAUAUGACAUUCCUUACUAAACUGGUUGGGUCAUCUUCGUUAGACUUAAUAAAUGGGAGCCCAAAGUGCUCCAUCUUCCUCCACA